AUGUCCAACAGCAGCUCCAUCACGCACUUCCUCCUGCUGGCAUCGGCAGACACGCGGCAGCUGCAGCUCCUGCACUUCUGCCUCUUGCUGGGCAUCUCCCUGGCUGCCCUCCUGGGCAACGGCCUCAUCAUCAGCGCCGUAGCCUGCAGCCACCACCUGCACACGCCCAUGUUCUUCUUUCUGCUCAACCUGGCCCUCACUGACCUAGGCUCCAUCAGCACCACUGUCCCCAAAGCCAUGCACAAUUCCCUCUGGGACACCAGGAACAUCUCCUACACAGGAUGUGCUGCUCAGCUCUCUUUCUUUCUCUUCUUUAUCUCAGCAGAGCUUGCCCUCCUGACCAUCAUGUGCUACAACCGCUACGUGUCCAUCUGCAAACCCCUGCACUACGGGACCCUCCUGGGCAGCAGAGCUUGUGCCCACAUGGCAGCAGCUGCCUGGGCCAGUGCCUUUCUCUAUUCACUGCUGCACACAGUCAAUACAUUUUCCCUGCCCCUUUGCCAUGGCAAUGUCCUGGGCCAGUUCUUCUGUGAAAUUCCCCAGAUCCUCAAACUGUCCUGCUCCAAAUCCUAUCUCAGGAAACUUGGGCUCAUUGCUGUUAGUACCUGUUUGGUACUUGGUUGUUUUGUGUUCAUUGUUUUCUCCUAUGUGCAGAUCUUCAGGGCUGUGCUGAGGAUCCCCUCUGAGCAGGGACGGCACAAAGCCUUUUCCACCUGCCUCCCUCACCUGGCCGUGCUCUCCCUGUUUGUCAGCACUAGUAUAUUUUUGUACCUGAAGCCCCCCUCCAUCUCCUCCCCAUCCCUGGAUCUGGCCCUGUCAGUUCUGUAUUCAGUGGUGCCUCCAGCCCUGAACCCCCUCAUCUACAGCCUGAGGAACCAGGAGCUCAAGACUGCAGUGUGGACACUGAUGACUGGAUGGUUUAGGGGAGAUUAAACUGCUGGUGAAUUUCUGCAAGUGAAUUGUAAUAAAAAUCAUCUUUGAUACUU